AUGCAAGGCACGGCCGGACUGCCGCUGCCGCUGCUGGUAUUGGUAGUGGUACUGGUGGUGGCGCUUCUGCAUGCGGCACGCGGAGCUGGAGCGGCGGUCGGCGGAGGAUGCGAUCGGAGAUGCGGGGGCAUGGAGCUGCCGUACCCGUUCGGCUUCUCCAGCGGCUGCACGAUACGGCUCGGAUGCGACGCCGGCAUCGGCGCCGCGUGGCUCGGGGGCGCGGGCGAGCUGGGACUGCUCGUGCGCAACGUCACGCCGCGCUCGAUCAUCCUCGACCUGCAACCCGACUGCUCCCGCCGUUUCAAUACGUCCGUCGCGGCGCUCUUCUCGGACAGCUACGCUCCCUCCUCCGGGAACAGCCUCAUCGUUAGCUCGUGCGACGACCGUGCUAAUAUCAACAGCAGCAGCAGCGGACCGGCUGAGCGUUUCCUAGACAGAAACUCGUCCCACUGCAGCGCCAACGGAUCCAUCAGAUGCAUCGAGCCCGCGCCUUCUAACAGAGGCGCCGCACACCAUAUUCUGGAUAAAAGCGAGCUGCUCCUCUCGGACUGCAACGGGCUGGUGUCGUCGAUAAGCUACAGCGAUACAAUAAUGGGGCCAGCACUGAUGCUGGGCGCGCUGCAGCUCGACUGGUGGGUGCCGGGGCGGUGCCGUUGCUCAGUCACAGAAAAUUGCACCCAGUUCACCGCGCCGACCACGGGUCAGGAGGCGUUCCGGUGCGAAUGCCCGGAUGGGUUCGAGGGCGACGGCUUCAUCGACGGCACCGGUUGCCAGUCGACAGGCACAGCGUCCAGCCGCCAACAACGAGGGCCGUUCGGGGUCUUCGCCGCGGUUACCGCCAUCGCCGUGGUGCUACUUGUUCUCAGCAUAUCGGCUUGCUUCAUCUUCCGCCGCUGCCGAAGGCGCAAUACCAUGACGAAAACCAAACAACCGCUGAAAGCGGUGGCUGCACUCUUCCGCGGCGAACUCGUGGACGAUGAGCUCCACCAAGGAGCUGCCGGACCCCGGCGAUUUUCCUAUGACGACCUCGCUGCUGCAACUGAUAACUUCUCCGACGACAGGGCGCUCGGGAGGGGAGGAUUUGGGUCAGUUUACCAAGGGUUCCUCAGCGACAUGAACCGUGAAGUGGCCGUCAAGAGGGUGUCCGAGACCUCUCGACAAGGAUGGAAGGAGUUCGUCUCUGAGCUCAUUGGCUGGUGCCAUGGCGGCGGCGGCGAGCUUCUCCUCGUGUACGAUUUGAUGCAUAAUGACAGCCUUGACACCCAUCUCUACAGACAAGACUCGGUGCUCAUGUGGCCGACCAGGUACGAGAUAGUGCUCGGAGUAGGUUCUGCACUUCUGUACUUGCAUCAAGACACGGAGCAGAGAGUAGUUCACAGGGACAUCAAACCAAGCAACAUCAUGCUAGACGCUUACUUCACUGCCAAGCUCGGCGACUUCGGGCUCGCAAGGCUCAUCAACGAUGGCCGGAGAUCGCACACGACCGGCAUAGCCGGCACCAUGGGGUACAUGGAUCCGGAGUGCGUGCUAGCUGGCAGGGCGAGCGUCGAGUCGGACAUGUACAGCUGGGUGGUCCUCCUCGAGGUGGCCUGUGGACGGCGACCAGCUCUGGUCCAGGACGACGGCGACGUGAUCCACCUAGUGCAGUGGGUGUGGGACUUGUAUGGCAGAGGAAAGACCCUCUCAGCCGCCGAUGCGCGACUCAAGGAGGAGUUCGAUGGCCUGGAGAUGGAGCGUGUGAUGGUUGUGGGGUUGUGGUGUGCGCACCCUCACCGUGGCAUGCGGCCGUCCAUCAGACAAGCCAUGAACGUGUUGCGGUUUGGAGCGUCAUUGCCUGCCCUCCCGGCACGUUGGGCCACCAACUAUUCCUUUGAGCUCCGGAACGUUGGUCACGAGCAGCGUCAGUGGCCGAUGAUAUGUCAGGACACGGCCUGGAUUUAUCCUUCCUUUUUUGCCGCUUGA